AGAUAACUAUACUUACUGCCUAUGUCAAACUGGAUCGCAAUGUUGUGCUAGAUAGAAUUGCCACAGCGUUAAACCAAAGGUAGAGCUCAAAUGAUGAUUUUUUUGAGCUGUGGUCGAGUGUCAUUGUUUGGUUCAGAGCAUAAUUAUGUGCUGCCUGAGAUGUGGAGUGGAGGCUACAUUGAUGACAUGUUAUAUGCAGUGGUUCCAGAUGGACAAAUUGAUUAACUCAAAUUGAUUUCAUUUUAUUAGAUGAAUAAAUAAACUGUAGGAAAUACUUCAAUCAAAAGAUACAAACAGUGGUCUGAAACGGCCUGCCAGUGCAUUACCAAGGAGCCAUCAUUAACUGGCAGUGGGAGUGAUUCCUCUGCAGAAGAGGAGGGAGAAGGUAGCAAGAAAGAAAUAAGAGGGGAAGAAGGUUUUGAAGAAGAGAGGGUGUUAUGCAAAACAAAAAUUGAAAAACCAAAUAUGUGUUGUUUCUGUACAAAAAUGUUCUCCACUUCCAGUCAUUUGACUGUUCAUAUGCAUUCUCACACUAAAGAGAAGCCUUACCCAUGUACUGUCUGUAAAAAAAUGUUCUCCACUUCUAGUCAUUUGACUGUUCAUAUGCGUUCUCACACUAAAGAGAAGCCUUACCCAUGUUCAGUCUGUACAAAAAUGUUCUCCACUUCUAGUUAUUUGACUGUUCAUAUGCGUACUCACACUAAAGAGAAGCCUUACCCAUGUACAGUCUGUACAAAAAUGUUCUCCACUUCUAGUCAUUUGAAUGUUCAUAUUAGGCAUGCACAUACUAAAGAGAAGCCUUACCCAUGUACAAUCUGUACAAAAAGGUUCUCCACUUCUGGUGAAGUGACUGUUCAUAUUAGGCAUGCACAUACUAAAGAGAAGCCUUACCCAUGUACAGUCUGUACAAAAAUGUUCUCCACUUCCAGUCAUUUGACUGUUCAUAUGCAUUCUCACACUAAAGCGAAGCCUUACCCAUGUACAGUCUGUAAAAAAGUGUUCUCCACUUCUAGUCAUUUGACUGUUCAUAUGCGUUCUCACACUAAAGAGAAGCCUUACCCAUGUUCAGUCUGUACAAAAAUGUUCUCCACCUCUAGUUAUUUGACUGUUCAUAUGCGUUCUCACACUAAAGAGAAGCCUUACCCAUGUACAGUCUGUACAAAAAUGUUCUCCACUUCUAGUCAUUUAACUGUUCAUAUGCGUUCUCACACUAAAGAGAAGCCUUACCCAUGUACAGUCUGAAGAAAAACAUUCUCUCAGUCUGUACAUUUGAAACGACA